CCCCCCUCCCCCCCCCCCCCCCCCCCCCUUCUUCACUCUUUCUCUCCUCGCAAAAAGGGUGAAGUUGAUCAUGGCGAUAUCGAGUCGAUUUGGGCCCCAAGGGUUGCUAGCAGUCCUACUGCUUGCUUCCCCGGCUCUGGCCCAUGGGGGCCAUGAGAGUGUCCCCGAGGGUGCCGCCAUCUCCGAGGAUCCGAUUGACACAACACUAUGGAUACACAUGAUUCUUAUGGGUUUCGCCUUUGGCAUUAUUUUCCCCUUGGGCAUGGUUCUUGGGAUUGUACGCUCGCGCUGGCACGUCCCUCUCCAAAUUGUCGGAACGAUCAUCGCUGUGCUCGCAUACUUCCUCGGACAUGCUCAUAAAGGUCGCCAGUUCUCGAAGAACGUCCACGCGUCCUUUGCGAACACACUGAUGCUCAUGAUGGUGGUGCAGAUCGUCCUCGGCAUCUAUCUCAAGCUGCACCUUUCCAAGGGAAUUCAUGGCCGGAUCCGCCGGGUUAUUGUGAUUGCGCACGGAGUGGUCGGAAAGGCGAUGCCUGUGGCGAGUUGGGUCCAGAUGCUCUUCGGAGGAAUCACCGCCAUGGGAUUCUGUCGCGAUGAUCACUUGGGACAGUGUCUGGCCCAUUUCAUUAUGGGUAGCGCUUUCAUCGCCUACGGUAUCCUGCUGACCAUUCUUCUCCUCGUUGGCCAGUACUGGCUGCGCCGCACUGGCCGCAGCCAGGAGUUCUUCGACUCGUUGAUUAUCGCUGCAUGGGGAUGUGUCAACACCUUCACGGAACACCGCUGGGGAGGUCCCUGGGUCCACAAUGAUCUGCAGCACACCACUAUGGGUGUUGUUUGGUGGUGCGCCGGUCUACUGGGUAUCUGGAUGAGCCGGAAGCGCAACGGCCGGCCCAAGCGGAACUUGAUCCCAGCCAUUGUUAUUCUCCUCACUGGUUAUGCUAUGUCUGCCCACCCGCAGACUCUGAUGAUUAGCACCAUGAUUCACAGUAUCUUCGGUUACACCUUGAUGGCUGCUGGUUUCACCAGAAUCGUCGAGAUCUCCUUCGUGCUUCGGGACAAGGGCAGUGUCAGCCCCGACGGAUCCGACCCUAACAGCUUCCAAUAUCUCACGCCUUUCCUUCUAUACGCCUCAGGAUUCCUCUUCAUGGGCGCCACUGAGGAGCAGAUGCAACUUCUGAACGAUGCAGGAAUCACCCACGUCUCCUACGUUCUCAUCCUCUACAGCAUCGCCUUCAUCCUCUUCCUCUUCGUCAACGUACUCCUCCACAUCUACGCCGUCCACGCAUGGCCCGAAUCCGCACAAGCGCCUUCCCACUCGCGCUCCUCCAGCGCCGCAGAUGCCGGCGAGGGCUCCUCCCGCUACAGACCCACCGGUAACGGCCGCCUCAUGAACGGCCAUGCCCGCUCCCCCUCGGAAGCACAGCACCUGCACGACGCGGAGGAAUUCGAACUCCAAGGCCUUAUCUCCGACGAGGAGGAUGACGCAAAGGACACCCACGCCAUGGGUCCGAGGAAGACUGAGGACGAGGAGAAUUCUCCUUUGGUUGCUAAUGGGACGGCAGCUACGACGCAUUAAUUUGGCUCCUUAGAGUGUGCAUUGGGUGUUUCUUACAUAUUCUUCUUAUUUUAUCUUUUUCAAAAGAUCGUUGAGAUAUCGGAU